AUGCAGGCGGUGCGGCGAGCGCUGUGGCCGGGCUGCGAGCGGCGGAGGAUGAAGGUGCUGGUGGCGGCGGCGGCGCUGGGCGCUGCUCUCUUGCUCCUGCUGCCCGCCGCGUCGCGGGCCGACGAGCGCAAGAAGGGACCCAAGGUCACCGCCAAGGUGUUCUUCGACCUGCGGAUCGGUGAGGAGGACGUGGGCCGUGUGGUCAUUGGGCUCUUUGGCAAGACAGUGCCGAAGACAGUGGAGAACUUCAUGGCAUUGGCCACUGGAGAGAAAGGAUUUGGCUUCAAGGGCAGCAAAUUCCACCGCGUGAUCAAGGACUUCAUGAUCCAAGGAGGAGACUUCACUCGUGGUGAUGGCACUGGAGGCAAGAGCAUCUACGGGGACCGGUUCCCGGAUGAGAACUUCAAGCUGAAGCACUACGGCCCGGGCUGGGUCAGCAUGGCCAAUGCCGGCAAGGACACCAACGGCUCCCAGUUCUUCAUCACCACCGUCAAGACCCCCUGGCUGGACGGCAAGCACGUGGUGUUCGGCAAAGUGCUGGAGGGCAUGGAGGUGGUGCGGAAGGUGGAGAGCACCAAGACAGACAGCAGGGACAAGCCCCUGAAGGACGUCACUGUCACCGACUGUGGCACCAUCGAGGUGGAGAAGCCUUUCGCCAUCGCCAAGGAGUGACCUCCCCGGGGCCUGGCACCGCAGGCACGACGCUGCCCCCCUGGCAG